AUGGCGACAAGUACACAAGAUCCAGUACUCGAGCACCUUGGUGCGAUCACACUCGAACUACCACUGGCUCUUGUUCAGCUCGAGGGCGGCGACAUGGUCAUCCAUCUGUCGCACGAGCCCGAGGACGUUCUGGUCGUGCACAGCAAGGUCCUUGCCGCGGCCUCGCAGCGGUUGAGGUCGCGCUUUAGCAAGGACUGGCAGAAAGCCAAGGUGGCCACGACCGUCACCACGAACGCCGGGACCAAUCUGCCCAUCUACACAUACCGACUGCUCUACGACGACGCGGCUUUCACGAUUUCGGACGAGGACAAAUCGAUGGAGUGGCCCACAGAGGAAACGUCUCGCGACGACCGGGGUAUCAUUUCGACCGAACCGAUCUACAUAAAUACUUUCUGCCACUCGAGCCUUGCCAGCGGGGUCCCCACGUUGAAUGAGCGCCGGACUGAUCGCAGCGAAGGCUGGUGUCGCACGGUCAAGGGGGUUACCACUUCCGUCGAGCGCGAGAAUUCAAUACGCGCACACAAGAUCGCAUUCGCGCUCCUGCAUCAAAUGGUGGUUGACUUGAGCGACAGUCCCAUAGGGACCGUCGUGGUGGACGUGGCCAAUGUCAUCGCUCUGGCCGAGUACUACGACUUCCUGCCCUGCAUCGCAUCAGCGAUCGAGGUGCUGCUUUCAGAGCAUCCCAAGAUGUGGUAA